GUAAACGGUAAGAACUGUAAGCCACACUUUUCUUUCAGAAGAAAAAGAUAGACUUCAUCGAGAGAGAUGGUUGUUCUUCACAGAAUGGCAACUUCAAUCUCUCUAUUCGCCUCGUCUAUUCCACUAUCAAAACCUAAAUUCUUUUCCAAACCUUUUAUAUUCCUCCACUCUUCGCCUCUUAACACAUUUAUCUCUGGAGCAAGAAAUUCUGUGAUCAAAACUAGGGUUUAUAAGAAUAAUAGGAAAUUCUGUACAAUAUCUGCUGUUGCUAUUGAUUUGACAGAAACAUCAUCAAAUGAAUCAAAAGAAAAUGUCGAGAUUGAAAAUAACCCAGUUCAGAAAGUCGUUCUUCCUACUAACGAUUCCUCUGAGAAAUUAUUGCGAAUUCGACAUACUUGUGCACAUGUAAUGGCAAUGGCAGUACAAAAGCUAUUCCCAAAUGCAAAAGUUACAAUUGGUCCAUGGAUAGAUAAUGGGUUUUAUUAUGAUUUCGAUAUGGAGCCAUUAACUGACAGAGAUUUGAAAAGGAUUAAAAAGGAGAUGGAUCGAAUUAUCAGCCGAAAUUUACCACUAGUAAGAGAAGAAAUAGACAGAGAUGAAGCUCAAAAGAGAAUAAUGAGCAUUAACGAACCUUACAAAAUGGAGAUUUUGGAAGGCAUCAAGGAAGAGCCUAUUACCAUUUAUCAUAUUGGCAAUGAAUGGUGGGACCUCUGCGCUGGACCCCAUGUUGAUACCACUGGAAAGAUAAACAAAAAAGCUAUUGAACUUGAAUCGGUUGCCGGGGCAUAUUGGAGAGGGGAUGAGAAGAGGGCAAUGCUGCAAAGGAUUUAUGGGACAGCUUGGGAAACAGAAGAACAGUUGAAGGCAUACCUUCACUUUAAAGAGGAAGCAAAACGCCGAGAUCAUAGACGAAUUGGCCAGGAUCUUGAUUUGUUUUCUAUACAGGAUGAUGCUGGUGGUGGGUUAGUAUUCUGGCAUCCAAAGGGUGCGAUUGUCAGACACAUCAUAGAAGAUCUUUGGAAAAGCUUACAUAUACAACGUGGAUAUGAUUUGCUCUACACUCCACAUGUGGCUAAGGCAGAUCUCUGGAAAAUCAGUGGUCACCUUGAUUUCUACAAAGAGAGUAUGUAUGAUCAGAUGGAAGUCGAGGAUGAACAGUAUCAGCUUCGUCCAAUGAAUUGCCCGUACCAUAUUCUUGUUUAUAAGCGGACGCGCCACUCUUACAGAGAGUUUCCAAUUAGAGUCGCAGAGUUGGGAACAGUAUAUAGAUACGAGUUAUCCGGAAGCUUACAUGGUCUUUUCCGUGUCAGAGGUUUCACCCAGGAUGAUGCGCACAUAUUCUGUUUGGAGGAUCAGAUUAAAGACGAAAUCAGGGGCGUUCUGGAUCUAACAGAAGAGAUCCUGCUAAGAUUUGGUUUUGACAAGUAUGAAGUAAACCUUUCAACGAGACCAGAAAAAUCUGUAGGAGGUGAUGAUAUAUGGGAGAAAGCAACGGCUGCCCUCAAAGAUGCCCUUGAUUGUAAAGGUUGGGAUUACCAAAUUGACGAAGGUGGUGGUGCUUUUUAUGGCCCCAAGAUUGAUCUCAAGAUAGAAGAUGCUUUAGGAAGAAAGUGGCAAUGUUCAACUGUUCAGGUAGAUUUCAAUUUGCCUGAGCGGUUUGACAUUACUUAUGUUGACUCAAACUCGGAGAAACAAAGACCAAUUAUGAUCCAUCGAGCAGUGCUUGGAUCAUUGGAGCGUUUUUUCGGGGUCCUGAUAGAGCACUAUGCAGGUGAUUUUCCAUUGUGGCUUUCUCCAAUCCAAGCCUGUCUUCUACCAGUCACUGAUACACAGCUGGAGUACUGCAACGAGGUGGUCAAAAGACUAAAAUCUAGCAACAUCAGAGCUGAAGUUUGCCACGGCGAGCGCUUACCGAAGCUCAUAAGAAAUGCCGAAAGGCAAAAGAUUCCAUUAAUGGCAGUUGUAGGGCCAAAAGAGGUUGAAACUCAAAGCCUUACUGUAAGGUCUAGGUUUGCUGGGGAACUAGGAAACAUGUCCAUCGAUGAUUUUAUGACCAGAAUCAUGUCUUUCUCUGAUGAUAAGAAUUUCUAGGAGAGAUUUGUUGGAAACUGAUUGUUUGGAAAAUGGGGGCAGGGGUGAGUCUGGAGAUCUUAGAUGACCUUUGGUCAUGUGUUAUUUAUAUUUUGGAUAUAUGCAUAUAGAUAGAAUCACAGGUUAUUGAAGCCAAUUCAAUAGAUCAUUUUUCUAUUGAGCAAAUAAAAUUUCCUAGAAACCUUUUUCAUUACA